CCCUCCGAUCUCUUCCCCCAAUUCAAACCCCACCUCCUCCUUCCACGCCGGCGAGGAGGCGCCGCCGGCUAGGGUUCAGUGCUCGCUCCUCCAGGCGGCGCCGAUGGAGGCGUCCGGCUUCGGCCGCGACGCGGGGCCCCUCAAACGCGGCCUGGGCUCCGCCCCCUUCGCCUUCGGCACUGGCACUGGCACUGGCACCGGCUCCGCCGCCGCGCCCUCUCCUGCAGCGCCGCCAGCCCCCGUCCAGUUCCCCUCGGAUCGCCCCGUAGCCCCUGUCGGUGCUGCCGCCGCCGCCUCGCGCUUCCCGAGUGCGCGCCCCCACUUCCCCGGGGUGGCCGCCAGCCCUCGCCCUGGCUUUACUCCGCCUGCCCCCGUACCUCCCGCACGCCCGGCGGCGACAGCUCCCGGCCCCUCGCGGUUCCCGAGCUCUGUUGCUGCCACCGUUCCAGGCACGUCCGCCGCUACCGCUCGCCACGUCGCUCGGCAUCCCCAGCUCCAGCCGAGAUUAACUGCACCAUCAGUAAGCAGGCCCAUGCAUCCUGUUAUUUCCUCAAGGAGCAGAUCCCCACCCUCAAAGCAGUACGUGGGUUCUCCUGCAGACGACAAUAAUGGUAUGGGACAAAGAAGGUUGGUAAACUAUGCAGACCCAUUGUUUGGAAAUGGAAGUGUGCAACCUUCAGAGCAAAUGAGGACGCGUCCGCCAGAGAUUGGAAAAACAGCAAGAUCGCCACCAUUGGACAUUACCAGCAAGUUUAGAACUGCAUCAAGUCCCCAAAAUUAUCCUCUUGCGCAGAGUGCCGAGCCUCGUGAUCAUGUGCACAAGCCUAAUCUAUCACCUUCCAAGUUUGAAAUCCAGAACCAGCCUCCUUUUAACAAUGCUGCAGCAGCUUCCUCUCCUCUUUUGAAUAGCAACCGUUUAGUCCCUGGUGGCAGGUUCCGUCCUGCCUCAGGGACGAGUGUAUCUUCUCCAUCAGUGCCUGGUGACGUCACUCAUUAUGAUAAUCCAACACCAUCAGUUAUGCCUCAACAAGACAUGAAUGAACAUAUGCAACUCCAAAGUAGAUUCUCUGCUCCUUUUCAAAGUCGAACAAUCGAUCAUAGCAUUUCAAAAAGGUCUAGGUCACCUACUUCAUCAUAUCAGGAUAUUGAUGGUGCUGGAGCUCGUCAUGGUACUGGUGCAAAUCCUAGAAGACUGAUAGACUAUACAGAUACCUUGUUUGAUGAUGCAAAUGUUGAAACCUCCAAAAGGAUGAGAGCUCCUUCAUCAGAAUUCACAAAUAUGCUCAAAUCGCCACCUUCAGAUAUUAGAGACAGUAUUGGGUUAGCACCGGUAGGUUUUGGCAGUAAUGGUGCAGCCCAGAAGCUUCGUUCACAUUCUGAUACCCAGAGGGUUGGAAGUCAAACACAAUCACGCAUUGGUGAUGUGCGUUCACCACCGUAUCAGAUGUUUCGUCCUUCAGAUAGUCAUUCAAAUGAACAUAACACACCUGCUGUUUCUCCACCGAAGCCCUCGAUUCUUAGUUCUAACAAAAGGAGCGUGACCCCUCCUCUGGAUGUUAGUGACGACGAUUACGUUAUCUCUUCAACUGAACUUGAGAGAGAAAAACAGGCAAAAGCCAAGCGUUUGGCUCGUUUCAAUGUUGAAUUAAGCAGGCCAGUUGAAAAUAUCAAUGAUCAUGCAAAAGCAGACAAACAGAAACAAACCUCUUCAACGGGGAAAGUUCCAGUCAGAUCAAAUGAUAGUACUUUGGCCGACAUGGACCCCUCAGGGUUAGCUGCAAUUCUUGGGCUUUGUUCUGAUAUGUGCCCAGAACCUGAAAGGGCGGAACGCGAGAGAAAGGGAGAUCUCGAUAGGUACGAAAGGUUAGGUGGAGACAGAAACCAAACUACGGAGCUUCUUGCUGUUAAAAAGUAUAAUAGGACUGCUGAGAGAGAUGCAGACUUGAUCAGGCCUCUGCCAGUCCUGCAGAAGACCAUGGAAUACCUUCUUAGUUUGCUGGAUCACACAUACGAUGACAGUUUCUUGGGCCUAUACAACUUCUUGUGGGAUAGGAUGCGAGCGAUAAGAAUGGAUCUUAGAAUGCAACAUUUCUUUAAUCAAGAGGCUAUUUCUAUGCUUGAGCAAAUGAUAAGGCUCCACAUUGUAGCAAUGCAUGAGUUAUGUGAGUACAAUAAGGGAGAAGGUUUUUCAGAGGGUUUUGAUGCACACCUCAACAUCGAGCAGAUGAAUAAAACAUCAGUUGAGCUAUUUCAAAUGUAUGAUGACCACAGGAGAAAGGGUGUGCUCUUCUCAACAGAAAAAGAGUUUCGGGGUUAUUAUGCACUGCUCAAGUUAGACAAGCAUCCUGGUUAUAAGGUGGAACCUGCUGAAUUAUCUCUGGACCUUGCUAAGAUGUCUCGUGAAAUGAGAGGCAGUCCAGACAUCUUGUUUGCAAGAGAAGUUGCAAGAGCAUGCAGAAUGGGGAAUUACAUUUCCUUCUUCCGGCUUGCAAGGAAAGCAACAUAUUUGCAGGCUUGUUUGAUGCAUGCGCACUUUGCAAAGCUAAGAAGGCAAGCACUGGCUUCCCUGCACAGUGGUCUACAGAUUAACCAAGGCAUUCCUAUUUCACACGUUGUGGAGUGGCUUGCAAUGGAGGAUGAGGACGUUGAAAGUCUCUUGGAGUACCAUGGUUUUGGAUCUAGGCAGUAUGAAGAACCGUACCUAGUGAAAGAAGGGCCUUUUCUUAACAGUGAGAAUGAUUUUCCAUCUGGCUGUUCUGAACUUGUGCGCUCAAAGAAAUCACAGAGAGUCAUAGAUGAUGUUUCUUCUGGUCCAGUUUGUGCUCCCACUAGCCAAAAAUUGACUGUUGCACCAUAUUCUGAUCGGUUUACUCCCCCAGCUAGCAAAAGAGAACUUGUUCCACCAAAGUCUGCACUUGAGGUUCCUGUUAAUUCCAAAAGAGGGUUUGGUUCGUCGUUAUCUGGGUCUGCUUCUCCCACUUCCAGCGGACAAAUUACCUCACCGCGUUUUAGUCCAUUUUCUCCAAAAGCUGCCAACCAACAAUUCAGUUCGGGACAUUCAAGUCCUAUUUCUCCAACUGCUGGUAGAAAGGAGACUGUUCUAACUUUUCCUAGUACCGAUUCUCCACGUAGUAGCAAGCACGCAUUCUUGCAUGCAGGAUGGAUGGAUGACCAAAGAAUAGCUUCACCGAAAGCAAAAGGCAAGACCAAGGUGCCUGAUACUUUAAUACCUGAAGACAAUAAUGGUGGUUUUGUAGAGUUCUCAAAAGAACAAACUAGCGUGCCGUGGUCAGAAGCGUACACUCAACAUGUUGAUGCUUUGGCAGAAACCAUUGUUUCACAUCCUCUUCCAGAUAGUGUACCCACAGAUUAUUUCCAUAUGCAUGAAAAGGAAGAUGAGUUCAGAUCACAUGGUUCUGGCAGUGGGACAGAUUUAGAUGAGGGAAAUACAACAUGCCGUGAAGCCAAUCCAAUAGAACUUGGGUGGCCUACAAGAUCCCCUUUGCCUGGUCAUGAGGGGCAUGCAGAUCACCAGAUUAAUAAGAGAACAGAUGACUCGUUACCAAUUACUGUCUCCCCUAAGAAAAGAAUUUCUGAUGAAAGGCUGAAGAUGAUACUGAGGAAGUGGAGGCAGCGUGCUGUUGAUAAGAGAUUUCUGAGAGAGCAGAAAAAUGCUUUUGCUAUUGCAGCAUUGAAUUCUCUGUCACUUGGACCACCAGUUCACCAAACUGCAGUGGUACCAAAGCAUGCAGUCCACGAAUUAGACAUUGGCCAUGCUUUUAAAGAGAGAUAUACAAGACAACAGAGAUCCUGGUCACGACUAAAUGUCUCAGAGUUGACUGGCCCCAUUUUAAUUGAAAGGAAACCUGAUGCUAGAUGCCUCUGCUGGAAGAUGCUGGUACUUGUUCCACCAGGUGCCAUGGAAUCUCAGAGCAACUAUUUUGCCUCAAAAUGGGUACUCAAAAAACUCAUGGGUUCUGAAAAUGAUGAUGGUGGAUUACUUUUGACUUCAGCAGACCUCUCAAUUUGGAGAAUGUGGGCCAGUUCUCCAAGUAAGUGCUGCCUAUCGAUUGUUAGGGCCAGUGACCAACAAGUAAUUGGUAACGACAUUGCUAACAGCACAAACUGUAUAGUAUUUGUGGUAUCCGAAAGCAUUCCGUGGGAAAUGCAGAGAGCACGAUUUGGCAGUCUGAUAGCCUCCGUACCUGCUCAAUCCAGUCUCCCUCUUCUCAUUUUGAGUGGUGACACAUAUAAUGAUGGGUAUGAUUGUGCGUCACAAAAUGUCAUUGACAAGCUUGGCCUCAGUGGUCUGAGCGAAGGAAAAAUUGCAUCAUCCUUGGUUGUUUUUCUAGCUGGAGGCUGCACAGAAGGUUAUCCCAAUGGUUUCUUUGACGAUGACAAGCUGCGUGAGGGCUUAAAGUGGAUGGCAAACAGUUAUCCUCUAUAUCCUGAUGUCAUCCUCGUGAAGACCCAUGAGUUACUUCUGAAUUGCUUGAACCCAUCACUUGAGGUGCUUCACAGCCGUGUAGCAUCUGAAGUUGGUCCUGAGCAUUGCAUCUCAGUAUUCAACAAUGCUAUCAGUCAGCUUGCAGAAGAGAUUUUGGCUGCAGCAUACACAAAUCCUAAUCAAUGGCCAGCUCUUGAAAUUGAUCUUCUGGAGAGAUCAAGCAGUGAGAGGAUUUUCACAGAAAAAUUCUUGCCUAGCGUUGGAUGGUCAUUGCCAUCAAGAAUCCAGCCACUCAUUGAAAACGUGAAGAGCUGCAAACUUCCUGAGUUCAGUCAUGACUUGUCUUGGCUGAAACAAGGCUCUUACAUGGGCAGCCAGAUUCAGGAUCAGAAGUUGUUUCUUGAGGAGUGCUUGACCGAAUAUCUGACUCAUUCAACUCGGUUGUUAAAUGGAGCUCAGGCGGUUGCUGAGGCGAAGAUUAUGGUGCAGAAAGGUGUUGGUCUUGAGUUCCGUGACUCAUAUCACUACCUUGUGCCCAAGUGGAUCACCAUCUUCCGGCGGAUUUUCAACUGGAGGCUAGCGAGGCUCUCUACCGGAGAGUUCUCGGAAGCUUAUGUCCUGAGUCAGCAUCUCUACCAGGAUCCUGCGGUUGAUUCUAAUGGUGUAACAGAACACGGUGUCGCUGCCAACAAUGUCACUACAGAUGAGGUGUCCAUAUUGGACGAUCAUGACAUGAUGCCUGAUGUGUCAUCUGGCCUCUCGUUAGACGAGAUCAUUGAGGUCAGCUGUGAUCUCGAUGCUUUCAGUGUGCCACCGGUGAGAUCUCCGCCUCUGCAGCCGGCCACUCCAGUACGAGAGGAACCUCAACCGCCAGCCCGCAUCAACGGUGACGUGAACCUGGUGGAUGGAGCUACCGUCGACAUGAGCAACAUACCAAGAAGAGUGGAGCCCAGAGAUUUGGUGCCACCUGAGUGGGAUGACGAGCUUGCCAAGUUAGAGGCUCAGUGCACUAAGCUGCAGGCCAGGAUCGACGAGAGGCUCUUCCUAUACUUCUGAGUUGCUACGAGACAUUUUAGAAGACCAUUUUGCCUGUAACCUGUAACAAUAUCAUCAUGUGAAAAAUAUAUAUUUGCCAGGUCAUGCGAGCAUUUUUUUCUCACA